AUGGAUGCACGGCUGCGACUUGUUUACGACUUCAUCGAUAACGAUCUCUACGAAAACGCCCUGUUCAUCACCGAACGAUUGCAUGCUCUUGACCCCGAAAACGCUUCAUGGACUCAUCUCGUCUCCCUUUGUUGUUUGCGGUUAGGUCGAGUCGCACUCGCGGCGGAGCAUAGUCGGGAAAAGGGUUUAAGGGGCCAACACCUUGGGUGCUCCUAUGUAUUUGCCCAGGCUUGCUUCCGCCAGAAGAAUUAUUCGGAGGGAAUUGCAGCCCUGAGACAAGCUCAGCCUUUAUGGACUGAUGACCAAGCUUUGUCCGAACGAUUCGCCCCCGACUAUGCGGCUGCUAACAGGCUGCUCGGGAAGCUCUACAAAGCGAGCGGGGAUGUAAAGUCAGCGAUAAACUGCUACGUCGCUGCCGUAGAGACGAAUCCGUUCAUGUGGGAUGCGUUUACAGACCUUUGCGAUAAUGGUGUUCAACUGCGCGUGGGUAACAUAUUCAAGCUUCGAGAUCACACAAGUAGCAAGAACGACCAUGGAAAAUUGACAAAGGCGGCGCCAUCGGACAUGAAUGCGACGAGCACAGUGCCCAAGGCGAAUUCACUUCGAGCAGGCCAGUCUUUUGAAUCGGGACUCCGCGAGGCCAUGCAGCAACCGUUCUGUGUGCCGAGAAACGAUGUGCCUGUUGGUGAUGAAAACAUGGAUACAACGGAAGGCCGACCCCUUCGAAGCGUAUCGGGAGACAUCACCAUGGGAUACUCGGGCAUCGCUAUACCGUCUCUCUCUAAGAAGAGACAAAGCCGCUAUGCGAGUUCGUCGCUCACCAUGGCCCCUCAGCGGAGGAGCGCCCGGCUACUUAACCAGACAGCCCCAGCGACGGGCCUAACAGAUCGUUCGACGACUGAAUCGGCAAUGGCGCGGGAUGCGUUCAAGCGACUAGCUCGGCCAAGGAAUCCUAUUCGUCCUGCAGAGCGUAAGACCUCUGCCUUGAACCGCGCGGCGAACGUUAUUCGAUCCUCGGCUAUUGGUGCAGGGCGGGAUACCAAGGCAACAGGGCCGGCAUCCCCUACCCCUGUUGGGAAAAUGGGCCACCCAGGGAGGAUGACUUCGGUGGCGGCGGCGGCGGCGGCGUUAGAUCAGGAAAAGCUGCAGGCGCUGAUGAAUCUACUCCUGAAGCUUGGCGCCGGAUAUUAUCACUUGAGCCAAUUUCAACCGCAGGGAUGCAUUGAUGCACUCUCGUCACUUCCGCCUGAGCAACAAAUGACGCCAUGGGUUCUCUCCAAGUUGGCUCGGGCGCAGUACGAAAUGAUGGCGUAUGGCGAAGCGAAGUCGACCUUCCAAAUAUUGCGAAAGAUCGCACCCUCCUGGCUCGAAGACAUGGAAGUCUAUUCCACCGUCCUCUGGCAUCUCAAGGACGAUGUGGAGCUCGCGUUCUUGGGUCACGAACUCUCCGACGACCACUACCUCUCACCGCAAACGUGGUGCGCGGUGGGAAAUUCGUUCUCCUUGCAGCGCUGCCAUCAGGAGGCGAUCAAAUGCUUCCGGAGAGCCGGCCAACUCGAGCCCCAGCUAGCGUACUCGUACUCCCUUCUAGGACACGAGCACUUUGAGGCGGAGGAGUACGGGAAGCCACCACGGCUUUCCGCAGGGCAUUACAAGUUGAUCCUCGACAUUAUUCGGCGUGGGGUCAACCCGAACAAUGCUGCGCUGUUGACCUACAUCGCUAGGAUACUCGAGAAGAUGGGCAAGCACCGGCAAGCGCUAAGCUAUCUGCGGCGGGGCACUGAUCUUGAACCAUCAGACAACUUGGGAAGCCUAAUCCGGCUCCAGACGGCGAGGUUGUACCUGCGCCUCGGCCAGCCACAGGAUGCCUUGAGGGACCUGCAGCUUGUGCGGCAGAUGGCACCUGACGAACCAAGCGUGCACUUCUUGUUAGGGCAGGCAUUCGCGAUGUCAGGUCCGACGAAGAGAGGAGAAGCGCUGCGAUCUUACACCAAUGCCCUCAGCCUGGACCCAUCUAAUGAAACCAUCAAAGAUGCGAUUACGAUGCUUGGCAACGGCCACUAA